AUUAAUCGUUUCAUACGCAUCAAUUUGAAUAUCUGUUUAGAUUAUUCCUUUUCUUUUUUUUUUGUCUCGAUCUAAGUUGCAUAAUAUCUGUGCCAUCAAUUCAAGAUGGCCUCGAGAACCCUUCGCAUUGGUCUCAUUGCUGGAGACGGCAUUGGAAAGGAAGUCAUUCCGGCCGGUCGUCGUCUGCUGGAAUCGCUGCCUUCUUCCCUGAACCUCAACUUCUCUUUUGUCGACCUCCCCGCCGGCUUCGAGACCUUCAAGGAGACUGGCACUGCUCUUCCCGAGAAGACCGUUGAGACUUUGAAGAAGGAAUGUGAUGGUGCGCUUUUUGGUGCGGUCAGCUCGCCAUCUACCAAGGUUGCCGGAUACUCUUCUCCUAUUGUCGCUCUCCGUAAGCGACUAGAUCUCUAUGCCAACGUUCGCCCCGUCAAGGCUAUUGCCUCUGCUCGCUCCCCGGUCGACUUGGUUAUUGUGCGCGAGAACACCGAGGAUCUCUACGUGAAGGACGAGCGGACAUUUGACGCCCCGGACGGCUCUGGAAAGGUUGCUGAAGCCAUCAAGCGUAUUUCCGAGAAGGCUUCUCACCGCAUCGCUACGCUGGCCGGUGACAUUGCUCUGCAGCGACAGAAGAUCCGCGCUACCGGCAGUGUUUCCAGCAUCCACAACCGCCCCCUUGUCACUAUCACCCACAAGAGCAACGUUCUCAGCCAGACGGAUGGCUUGUUCCGCGAGACUGCUCGCAAGGCCUUGGCCGCCCCCAAGUUUGAGAGCGUAGAGGUUGAGGAGCAGAUUGUCGACUCCAUGGUGUACAAGCUCUUCCGUCAGCCCUCGGCGUACGAUGUCAUUGUGGCCCCUAAUCUCUACGGUGACAUUCUUUCCGAUGGUGCUGCUGCGCUUGUUGGUAGCUUGGGUCUCGUCCCCAGCGCCAACGUCGGUGAUAACUUUGCCAUGGGCGAGCCCUGCCACGGAUCCGCACCAGACAUUGAGGGACAAGGCAUCGCCAACCCGAUUGCUACGCUAAGAAGUGUCGCUUGUAUGCUUGAGUUCAUGGGCGAGGAGACGGCAGCGGCCAAGAUCUACGCCGCUGUUGACGGCAACUUGGAGGAAGCCAAGAUCCUCAGCCCUGACAUGGGUGGCAAGGCUCGCACUGAGGAGGUUCUCGAGGACGUCCUCAAGAGACUUUAAAUGUUGAAAGUCCACGAAAAGAAUUUCACUUUUAAUGAUGUCAAAAGUUACCCCAUAUAGUAUAUAAAUGAUACCGGUUUUACUUUUUUGGAAUUUUGGGUGUCAUCUGAAGAUAUGUGGAAUGCUGUUGCUAGAUUCUAAAGUGCUCUUGAUUUGCGUUAUAAACUCUGAAAAUAUAGCCCCCAGACGCCGUCUACGAGUCCC